GAGGCUCAAGAAAAAAAAUCAAAGAAGACUCGUAUAAAUGUAUAAUUGUAAUCUGUACCGAAUUUGAAAAACAUAAGUUGUGCUCUCACUGGACUGUUAAGCCGCUCCCCACCACUAUCGGUGUUUGAGCGGCCAUUAAUCCCCAUUGUACAAGUACAAUUAAUGGACUUGAAGAAAGACAAUUGGACUGAUCAAUAUGCUGCUGAUCUUUCUUCCAUCAAGGAAGCCCAUAAGCGUAUUAAGUCCGUUAUUCACAACACUCCUGUUAUUUCCUCUGAAACAUUGGAUGGGAUGGCUGGUAGGAGACUGCUCUUCAAAUGUGAAUGCUUUCAGAAGGGAGGGGCUUUUAAGUUCAGAGGUGCUUCAAACGCUAUACUUUCACUUGAUGAGGAACAAGCCUCUAAAGGAGUGGUAACUCAUAGCAGUGGAAACCAUGCCGCUGCAUUGUCCUUGGCUGCCCAAAUGCGGGGAAUCCCUGCUUAUAUAGUUGUUCCGAGUAAUGCACCAAAAUGCAAAGUUAAGAAUGUAGUACGGUAUGGAGGCGAGGUAAUCUGGUGUGAGCCCACGUUCCAGUCACGGCAAAUUACUGCUGAUAAGGUACAACAAGAUACUGGUGCAGUUCUUAUACAUCCAUAUAAUGACAGCCGUAUUAUUAGUGGACAAGGGACAAUAUCACUUGAGCUUUUGGAGCAGUUCCCUUAAAUAGACACCAUAAUAGUUCCAAUAAGUGGUGGCGGUCUUAUAUCAGGUGUAGCACUUGCUGCCAAAUCGAUCAAUCCAUCCAUUCGAGUUCUGGCUGCAGAGCCUGUUGGAGCCAAUGAUGCAGCUCUGUCUAAAGAAAGUGGCAGAUUAGUUACAUUGCCUCAGACCAACACAAUUGCUGAUGGACUUAGAGCUUUCCUUGGGGACCUAACUUGGCCCAUUGUUCGAGAUUUUGUGGAUGCUGUAAUCACAGUGGAAGAUAAGGAAAUAGUAGAAGCUAUGAAGCUUUGCUAUGAAAUUCUCAAGGUUGCAGUAGAACCUAGCGGAGCCAUAGGUCUUGCUGCUGUUUUGUCCGACAGCUUUCAGAAAAAUCCUUUGUGGACAGAUAGCAAGAAUGUAGCUAUUAUAGUUUCAGGAGGUAAUGUUGAUCUGGACGUGCUUUGGGAGGCGUUGAGCAAAUGAUAGACAAUGGACAGAGACCCUAAGACAUGUCUAUGCAUUUCGUUUUUCUUAGUUAACUAGUCCCUCAAUUUUUCUGCAAAGAUGCUGUGUAGGAAAUAAAUAAGUUCAAGUUGUUUGAUGUACAAGAAUUGUCUCACAAUUUCACAAAUAAUGCUGCAAAAAUGUAGGACUGCACUUAUGUAAUCUGAUGGUUAGCUUGUCAAA